AAUUUCUCCAUCUAACUUGGUAUCAGUAGUCUUCUUCUCUAAUGGCUACCACCAAAUCUUCCGCUUUUCAUCCUGCUCUAGCUAUAUCAAACAUAAAAAAUUUCAUCCCAAUUACUUUAGAUCUCGAGAACGUUGAAUACUCCUCAUGGGCGGAAUUGUUCAAAAUUACCGCUCGUGCAUAUCAAGUUCUCGAUCAUAUCAUCCCCUCCAAGGAUUCUGCCGACGCCACCGCCUCUACGUCAACUUCUGCUGAUUCUACUCCCGAAGGGAUUCUCGCCCAGGCUGCCGCCAAGGCCGAAGCAGCCGCCCUAUGGACCCGGUUGGACGCCGUGGUUCUUCAGUGGAUCUACGGUACAAUCUCUCAUGACCUGCUCCACACCAUUAUUGAACCCGAUGCUACGGCUCAGGAGGCAUGGGAUCGCCUCACCGACAUUUUUCUCGACAAUAAACACUCGCGUGCUGUACAUUUAGAGAAUUUGUUUUCCAACACUCGUUUGGAAAAUUUUCCAAAUGUCGCCGCGUAUUGUCGCGCUCUCAAAACUUUGGCAAAUCAAUUGCAAAAUGUCGGUUCCGAGGUCUCCCCCAGCCGGCUUGUUCUUCGCUUAGUCAACGGCCUUACCCCUCAGUACGACACAGUGGCAUCACUCAUCCAGCAGGCCACACCGCUUCCCUCCUUCCAAACUGCGCGCUCCAUGAUCCUCCUGGAUGAGACCCGCAAGGCGCAUCAACUCGGCGCCUCCUCGGCCAGUGCCCUUCUACAUAGCUCGCCGUCCCAGCCUACUCCUCCUCGUCCGACUCCACCCCCCCGCGGCGGCCGUGGCACUUCUUCUGCCCGGCGCGGUCGUGGCGGACGUGGGACACCUCGGCCUGAUACUCCUCCCAAUGCUUGGACGUCCCCACCACCAUGGGCUUACUGGUUGCCGCCAUCGCCAUGGGCUGUACCACCCUGCCCCUAUCCGUCCGCACCGUGGGCUGUUUCAUCUUCACCUCGCCCUACUCCUGGAGCUGGCAUCCUUGGCGCUCGACCUCAAGCACACAUCUCGGGUCCAGCCCCUCCUCUCACGGAUAUCAAUGCCGCCAUGCAUACUAUGACUCUCACACCUCCCGAUAAUAAUUGGUAUAUGGACACCGGAGCUACGUCUCACAUGACGUCCGAUUCAGGAUCUCCGCACGGGCCAACAACUCAUGAGAUGUAACAGUACGGGUGAACUCUACCCUCUUCCUCCUACAUUUUCCAGAUUUUCUCAUGCUACCUUUCUCACCUCGGCUGCUACUUGGCAUCAUCGGCUGGGUCAUCCCGGGGAUCCCGUUUUUAGUUUCCUUAGAACAAAUAAUACCAUUCCAUGUACUCAUUUAAAUAAAUCCAUAUGUAAUUCAUGUGCUCUUGGUAAGCAUACGAAACUGCCAUUCUCUUCUUCUAUUUCAGUUACUCAUUACCCAUUUGAAAUAAUA